CUUUCGGACCUUUACAUCAUCCUCCCGUUGACAUUCUCGCCGCAGCACUUAUUCAAUAACACUUCCAGCAUGUUGAGGUUUAGAGGAAGGAACUAAACACGAUUUUCAAGUGUGUUUAUUAUUAUAUAUUUUUACUAAAAGACUGAGCAGGCGGCACAGGGAGGAUGUCUCAGCUGCUGAGGCUUCUCUCGGCGGCCGCUCUGCCUCUCUGCCGGGCUGGAGGUGCCCGGACUCGCCUCUCCGCCGUAGCGGCAGGUCGACUCUUCACAGCCGGACUCCGGAGCUUCGCUGCCCCGAAUGUCUGUCGGACUCCAGUUAACUUCCUGUCCUGUCGCAGGUUCCAGUCAGUUCAGAGACGACUUUACUCCACUGAACCCAAAGAUGGAAAAGGCGGAGCAGCAGGAGGAGGAGGAGGAGGAAGGUCAGGCGGAGGGAAGAGAGGAGGAGGAGGAAAAGACUGGUGGAACCGGAUUCAGAAGGGUGACUUCCCCUGGGACGAGAAGGAUUUCCGCUACAUGGCGAUCACGGCGGCGGGAGUCAGCUCGGCUCUGCUCUACUACUACUUCAGAGACGGCGGCAAAGAGAUCAGCUGGAAGGACUUCGUCCACCGCUACCUGGGCAGAGGCAUGGUGGACCGGUUGGAGGUCGUCAACAAACAGUACGUCAGAGUCAUCCUGGUGCCGGGAGCCGACACAGAAUCGAGCUACGCCUGGUUCAACAUCGGCAGCGUCGACACGUUCGAGAGGAACCUGGAGGCGGCGCACAUGGAGCUGGGUCAGGAGCCGUCGCACCGACCCGCCGUCAUCUACAGCACGGAGAGCGACGGCUCUUUCCUGUUGAGCAUGAUCCCCACUCUGCUGCUGAUCGGCUUCCUGCUCUUCACCCUGCGGCGAGGGCCGAUGGGAGGAGGCCCCGGCGGCGGGAGGGGCGGGCCCUUCAGCAUGAGCGAGUCCACGGCAAAGAUGAUGAAGGACAACAUCGAGGUGAAGUUCAAAGACGUGGCCGGCUGCGAGGAAGCCAAGCUGGAGAUCCUGGAGUUCGUUAACUUCCUGAAGAACCCGCAGCAGUACCAGGACCUGGGAGCCAAGAUCCCCAAGGGUGCCGUGCUGUCCGGACCCCCGGGUACGGGUAAGACCCUGCUGGCUAAAGCCACGGCCGGAGAGGCCAACGUCCCCUUCAUCACCGUCAACGGCUCUGAGUUUCUGGAGAUGUUUGUGGGCGUCGGUCCUGCCAGGGUGAGAGACAUGUUCGCCAUGGCGAGGAAGAACGCCCCCUGCAUCCUCUUCAUCGACGAGAUCGACGCCGUGGGGCGGAAGAGAGGAGGAGGGAACUUCGGCGGUCAGAGCGAGCAGGAGAACACUCUGAACCAGCUGCUGGUGGAGAUGGACGGUUUCAACACGGCUACUAACGUGGUGGUCCUGGCUGGAACCAACAGACCCGACAUCCUGGAUCCUGCACUGAUGAGACCGGGACGCUUCGACCGACAGAUCCACAUAGGUCCUCCGGACAUUAAAGGCAGGGCGUCCAUCUUUAAAGUCCACCUGAGACCAAUCAAACUGGAUCCCAGUAUGGACAAAGACGCUCUGGCCAGGAAGAUGGCCGCCGCCACACCAGGAUUCACCGGAGCCGACAUCGCUAACGUCUGCAAUGAGGCGGCGCUGAUCGCCGCCAGACACCUGAACCCGUCCGUCAACGGCAAACACUUCGAACAGGCCAUCGACAGGGUCAUCGGAGGUCUGGAGAAGAAGACUCAGGUCCUGCAGCCCACAGAGAAGAAGACGGUGGCGUAUCACGAGGCCGGUCACGCCAUUGUGGGCUGGUUCCUGCAGCACGCCGACCCUCUGCUGAAGGUGUCGAUCAUCCCGCGGGGGAAGGGUCUGGGUUACGCUCAGUACCUGCCCAGAGAGCAGUACCUGUACAGCAGAGAGCAGCUGUUCGACAGGAUGUGCAUGAUGCUGGGAGGCCGCGUGGCCGAGCAAGUGUUCUUCGGCAGGAUCACCACCGGAGCUCAGGACGACCUGAAGAAGGUCACACAGUCCGCCUACGCUCAGGUGGUGCAGUUCGGGAUGAGCGACAGGGUGGGACAGGUGUCGUUCGACCUGCCCCGGCAGGGCGAGAUGGUUCUGGAGAAGCCGUACAGCGAAGCCACGGCCGAGCUGAUCGACGAGGAGGUGCGAGGGCUGGUGGAGCGAGCGUACGAGCGCACGCUGCAGCUCAUCCAGGAGAAGAAGGACCUGGUGGAGAUGGUGGGGAAGCGUCUGCUGGAGAAGGAGGUCCUGGACAAAGCUGACAUGCUGGAGCUGCUGGGCCCGCGGCCUUUCGAGGAGAAGUCCACGUACGAGGAGUUCGUGGAGGGGACGGGGAGCUUCGAGGAGGACACCAGCCUGCCGGAGGGCCUCCGGGACUGGAACCAGGAGAGAGGAGCGGAGGCCGAGGAGACGAGCGAGACUCGGGACAAACAGCAGGCCGCGUAGCGUCCCCGAAAAAAACCUCAGAUAAGAAAAAAAAAAACACCGAACACUUCAUAAACCACAGCUGCAAAAAAAGCCCUCAGUGCUGACUCAGUGUUACAGAGCCGGGAGGAGAUUUUAUUAAAAGUUUCCAUAAAUUUGUAAUAAACUCAGGUUAAUAAUUCAAUAUGAUGAAAUCACCUGCAGUAUGUCCUCCGUUACACCAGACCUCAUGGAUUCACUACAGAUAAGAUAUAAGAGGAUAAAGAGGACAGAUAAUUCAAGAGCAGAAUAAGUACAAUGAAGAUAAUGUUUUAUCAGUUAUGUUCACCUCUGACCUCUACCAGGCUCUGUACAGAAUUUAUUCUAAACAUAUUUAUCCAGAGAAGCUUAUCUGAGGCUGCAGGAAGGAAGAAGAAGCUCCGAAACGCCUUAACAGUCACCGAACAGGAGACCAACAAACAGCAGACUCUCUCUCUCUCUCUCUCUCUCUCUCUCUCUCUCUCGUAUUAUUCCUGAACUCGGAGUGUAAAUGAUGCACCGAAUGUGUGAACAGACUGAUUUUUUUUUUUUUUUUCUUGUGUCGUAUUUAUUCAAUAAAACGGGAUUUCUGCUUCCUGACUGACACCUGCCUUCCUGAUGAUGACGAGGAGGAAAAAGAACAUUUUUACAGGUUUAAGUAUUUUAAGACUUGAUGUGAAGUUUUUUUUUUUUUUGGUUUCCUACAGUUAUUUCAGACGCCGACACGCGCGUCUGUAACAUCUCAACGACUGUUAGUUUGAGCUUUACAGAGUCUGGAUUUAUUUUCUACAAACACCUCGAUGCUGUAAAAAAAAGUGUCAGAUAAUCUCCUGUCUGUGUUGAUGAUUGUAUGACAUCUGUGUAAUUAUGACUUUGACAGGAAGCUGCUGCAGAUUUCUGCUGAUUUAAAAGGACAAAAAAAUCCUCUUAAAACAUUAAAACAAAAAGUCGUUUCUGACAACUGCAGGCUUCUUUCUUUUUAAAAAGUUCAGCCUCAAAACUCUCUGAUCUCUCUGUCUUAUAUCAGCAGUUUCCCCCCGAAGAGAAUAAAACCAAUUUAACUUAUAAAUAAGUCGUAUUCUAACACAUACUAAUAUCAUUUAUGCCUCCUAAAUCUAUUAUAAACACAUAUGAGACGUAUUGUUGUGUCUGUAAACGUCACACAUCAGUUGUUGUGUCUUUAGUCCCCGAAACAUCGUCUUCAUCUUCUUCUUUUGGUUUAAAAAGCAGAGUGUGAACCACCUUAGCAGCAGAGAGCGGGUUAUUAAACGUUCAGGUAAACAGGUGUCAUUGUUACGUGAGAUAUGACAAAGAUAGUAAAGACACUCUUCAUGUUUUAUUUAUUAAAAAUACAUUUAAAAUUAUAAGGGUCCACAGAACGACUUGAAUACUACUCAAGUCCAUAUUAUGUCCUACAGCAUGUGUAGUGUGUAAAUGUAGAUGCACAAUAGAGCUGCAACAAUUCAGCUGAGUUCACAUUACAUGCAUCAGAUUUUCCUUUCAUUUUUUUAACGUUUAAUAUUUGUUGGAUAUUUACGGAGAAGCCAAACUGGAAUGAAUUUAACUGGAUGCGAGCACAGUUUAGACGGUACAUGUAAAGAACCGAUAUGACUAAAAAAAUCUGAGUUGAGCGUUAAGGCCUGUGAUGUGAACGUAGCUUUAGUCGAUUACUUGAUCAGCUGAUUGAUAGAAAAUUAACUGGCAGCUAUUUUUAUAAUCGAACAAUCAUUUGUCUUUUUUUUUUAAAGCAAAAAUGCCAGAAAAUGUUCUGGUUUCAGCUUCUCGAUUGUGAAGAUUUGAAGCUUUUCUGAUAUUAAACUAAAUAUCAUCUGAUCAUACAAAACAAGACACGUCACCCUGGUCUCUGAUAAAUGAUAACAUCUUUUUUUUCAGUACUAUUUUCUAACAUUUUAUAGACAAAAUGAUGAAUCGAUAAUGAAAAUAAAGGUUAGUUGCAGCUCUUGUGCACAACAAACAGUGACAGUCUCAGGAUCUUGUUAACUAUUAAUAUCUCUGUACGUCUGGCGGGACAUAAAAUAUAGAAAACAUCAUUUUAAUCAUCAAUACUGUCAAUACAUUCAUGGUAAAAAAAAUCACAUAAGCCACAGUUUGCCAUUUAAACAGCAGCAGUUGUCAUAGCGACCAUCGAAGUGACUUUCUUGCACCUGUUACCUUUUGCAUUUAAGUGUUUUAUCAAUAAAGUCAUUGAUCUGAUCUGCUGGCAGCAAAUGUGUUUAAAUUGAUAAUAAACUGAAUGAAACACAAAUGUA